AUGUUCUCCCAAAACCCAAUGACCGCUGCCGGUCAGGCCUAUGCCGGCCCCCCGCCAAAGGGAACCCCGGCAUCAGUCAUUAUCCCGGGCACCGAGAAACCUGGUCGUACCCCUGUAUAUCGCCAUUGGAAGAUUGGUAGCGGCGAGCUGCUCAAGACCCUGGACCCGCUGGUCCUCACUGCCCAUGAUAUCUUCGAGUCUGCCGCCAAUCGAUAUCCCAAAAACAACUGCCUCGGAUCGCGGCCGUGGGACCCUGCAAAGAAGGAAUUCGGCCCCUAUCAGUGGAUGGAUUAUCGGACCGUGCAGAAACGGCGGGCAGCCCUUGGGGUUGGCCUGGUGGAGCUCCACAGUCGCAUUGGCGUGCAGGGGAAGCAAUACGGUGUUGGAGUCUGGUGCCAGAACAGACCGGAAUGGCAGCUUACAGAUUUGGCGUGCAUGUCUCAAUCGCUAUACACCGUCUCACUCUACGAAACCCUCGGCGCAGACGCCACUCAAUACAUCAUCGACAACGCUGAGCUGACCUGCGUAGUAACCUCGCUCCCCCACAUCGCAACCCUCAUCGAGCUGAAGCCGCAGCUCCCCUCCCUAAAACUCAUCGUCUGCCUCGACCCCCUCGACGCCGGCGAACAGCCCGGCUUCUCAAAGCGUGACAUCCUCUCCCCCCUCGCUGCUGCAGCCGGCGUCCAGAUCUUCUCCCUCACCGAAGUCGAGACCCUCGGCGCCUCCCUCAACCGCCCCGCCAACCCCCCUUCCCCGGCCGACAUCAUCACAAUAAACUACACCUCCGGCACCACCGGCAACCCCAAGGGCGUCGUCCUCACGCACGCCAACGCCGUCGCCGCUGCCUCCUCCGGCCUUUCAACCUGCAUGCAAUUCCCCACAGACGUCUCCUGCUCGUACCUGCCGCUAGCACACAUCUUUGGCCGGCUCAUGGAACACAUGCACCUCUGGAGUGGCGCCGGCAUAGGCUAUUUCCACGGCAACGUCCUCGAGCUAGUCGACGACUUCAAGCUGCUGCGGCCGACCGUCCUCCCCUCCGUGCCGCGCCUGUACAACCGCUUUGGCAGCGCCAUCCGCGCCUCCACGGUCGAGGCUCCAGGCUUCAAGGGCGCUCUGUCACGCCACGUCGUCGCGACCAAGACGGCAAACCUUGUGCACGCCCCUCCCUCGUCCGUGACCAACAAACACCUCCUCUACGACCGCAUCUGGUCGCGCAAGGUGGCGGCGGCUCUCGGCUUCGAGCGCAUGCGCACCAUGGUCUCCGGCUCCGCCCCGCUCGACGAAUCCCUCCACCAAUUCCUCCGCGUCGCCUUCGCCUGCGACAUCGUGCAGGGCUACGGCUUGACGGAGAGCUACGCAACAAGCCUCUGCCAGUCGCCCCACGACCUCUCCGCGGGCCACUGCGGCACCAUCCACCCAGCCACCGAAGCCUGCCUCCUCUCGCUGCCAGACAUGGAGUACCUGGUCACCGACAAGCCGCACCCGCGCGGCGAGCUGCUGCUGCGGGGCAACUCGAUGUUCAGAGAAUACUACAAGAACGCCGCCGAGACCCGCGCCGCGAUGACGGAGGACGGCUGGUUCCGCACCGGCGACAUCUGCACCAUCGACGCCCACGGCCGCUUCACCAUCAUCGACCGUCGCAAGAACCUCCUCAAGCUCUCGCAGGGCGAAUACGUCGCCCCCGAGCGCAUCGAGGGCAUCUACACCAGCGCCUGCUCGUACCUGGCGCAGGCGUUCGUGCACGGAGACUCGGUGCGGAACUCCCUCGUGGCCAUCCUGGGCGUGCAGCCGGAUACGUUUGCGGCGUUUGCGGCCAGGGUGCUGGGCCGGGCUGUCGAUGCGGCCGAUGCGGCGGCGCUGCGGGGCGCGGCCGACGACGAGAGGGUUGUCGGCGCAGUGAUGGGGGAUUUGGAGCGGGUGGGCAGGAAGUUUGGGCUUAGUGGGUUUGAGAGGGUGAAGGGGAUUAGGUUGAUGGUUGAGCCGUUUUCGGUGGAGAAUGGGUUGCUGACGCCUACGUGA